GUUCUUUCUUCGGUGAAUGCUGACAUUUCCUUAUAAAUUUACAAAUUACAAAAAAUUGUGGGCUGUUUAUGCCGUCUACAGGCCAAAUGUUCGCUUGAAAAGGCAAAGAAUCGACAAACGUGAAGGCUAAAGAGACACUUGCGUGACACACGUGACGGCGUGACGUGGUGAACGCUCAAAACUCCCUUUCCGGUUUUCCUGUAACGGGCUAAAACUGUUUGAGUAUUAUUUAUUAGGAGGCGAGACGCCCAAAAAUAGAUAAAUAGAUUGGGUAUCGUUCCCAAACGGCUUGAAACAGCAUCAGAAGAGUUUACCAGAAUACGGAAGGACAUCUAGCUCCAAAUUCAAACGAGGUCAUAAGUUCAAUGCAGUUUCUGAGUAUCGCGGAACACGUAUUUGAGCCAUGCCCAAUCAAUUUCAAAACGAGUGCUUAAGCGCCCACAAUAAGUACCGAGCCCAGCACGGAGCACCUCCGUUAAAAUGGUCCUCAAAACUGGCUUCGGACGCAGAAAAAUGGGCCAAGCAGCUAGUGAAGCUAAACCGCCUUCAGCACUACAGUGGGGAUGAUGGAGAAAACCUUGCAUAUGCUUCAGGAUAUGAAAUGACAGGUCAAAGGGCGGUGGACAUGUGGUAUGAGGAGAUCAAAGACUACAGUUUUGGCAACCCGGGAUUUUCUUCAGGAACUGGCCACUUCACUCAGGUUGUCUGGAUAGGCUCCCAGGAGAUGGGUGUCGCCAAAGCUAGCAACGCUAAUGGGACACAAUUCGUGGUCGCACGUUACUCCCCUGCAGGGAAUGUGCUUGGGCGCUUCCCAGAAAAUGUCAAACCGAAGGGGUCGAAAAUAUCCAAGGACGCUGGUAAACAAACGGAACAGCCACGUGGUAAGCCGACGGGUCAUGGGAACGUGCACGUGACUAUCAAAACCGGUGGAGAUAAAGACAAGCCACGUAAGUUUGAAUUGCAUGAAUAACAACGACUUUUUUUUUGGCUUGGUCUUAGUAGAGCGUUAGUUUACGACAUGUCUGUCGCGCAAACCAAACAGAUGACGUAAUAACAUGUCCAAUUGGGUGUCUGGAAAACCC